GCUACGCUUCACAGUGGUAGCUCUAGAUAAUAUAUGUAACCAGCUGAGCGAGCAAGCAACAUUCUUGUCAUGGCACAGUGGUGAAUGAGUAUCGUUUGCUGUCUGGAUGUGCGGAUCAUUUUAUAUAACGGGAUAAUAUUUUUGAAUUCGCAGUGUCUCUAGACUACUAAAAACAAGCAUCGAUCAGCCGAGUCACAGCACAGUCGGUGUGUUGUUAGCUAACACAUUAGCCAGCAGCUAGGCUGGCUUGCGGCUUUGUCUGCCUGUAUGCGUGGCGAAUGUUAUUGUCAGGUUAGCUCGGCUGUGCAAGCAAGUCAGGAUUUGGUGGCUAUAUAGACGCUGAGCUAGCUAGAUUGCUAGCUUGGCAAGUUAGUUUAGAAGGAGUUGGUGUGAAGGUGAUGUUGUCCGUACUUUCGUACGGUAGACUAGUUGCCAGAGCUGUUAUUGGCGGACUUUCUCAAACAGAUAGCCGCGAUUACAGCCUGGUAACAGCAAGCUGUGGUUUUGGAAAGGAUUUUCGCAAGGGCAUCUUGAAGAAAGGGAUGUGUUACGGAGACGACGCCUGCUUCAUUGCUCGACAUAGAUCUGCUGAUGUAUUAGGUGUGGCGGAUGGAGUGGGAGGCUGGCGGGACUAUGGCGUGGACCCGUCUCAGUUUUCAGGGACCCUGAUGAAGACGUGUGAACGGCUGAUCAAGGAGGGCCGCUUCAUCCCUAGCAACCCUGUGGGCGUCCUCACCACCAGCUACUAUGAGCUGCUCCAGAACAAAGUGCCUCUGCUAGGCAGCAGCACGGCAUGCAUCGUGGUUCUGGACCGGCAGAGCCACCGGCUCCACACGGCCAACCUGGGAGACUCCGGCUUCCUGGUGGUGCGGGGGGGAGAGGUGGUCCACCGGUCAGACGAACAGCAGCACUACUUCAACACCCCCUUCCAGCUGUCCAUCGCUCCCCCGGAGGCAGAGGGAGCUGUCCUCAGUGACAGUCCUGAUGCCGCCGACAGUUCCUCCUUCGACGUGCAACUGGGUGACAUCAUCCUGACUGCCACGGACGGCCUGUUUGACAACAUGCCCGACUACAUGAUCUUACAGGAGCUGAAAAAACUCAAGAACACAAACUAUGAGAGUAUCCAGCAGACAGCCAGGAGCAUUGCAAAGCAGGCCCAUGUCCUGGCAUACGACCCCAACUACAUGUCGCCUUUUGCACAGUUUGCCUGUGACAAUGGACUGAACGUGCGAGGAGGAAAGCCAGAUGACAUCACCGUAUUGCUGUCUAUUGUGGCGGAGUACACGGACUAGUAGUAACUGGACAGAUUGAGAAAAGGAGGGCCUUCUCCUCCAACCAUCUGCCUCCAUGUCGGACUACUCUUGAUUCCUGCUGGCCGGGAUUAAAGCGAUGCUGGCGGCCGGGCCCCCACCUCCUCUGUCUCUCCUCAGUCACAAUGCACCUUCGCCCUCCAUAGGCUGAAUCAGUCACUCCACCUUCCUGACGAUGGCCUUAUGCACCACCCACACAAUCUGACGUUCUGUGUGUUAAAAUCUCGAGGGGAUAAAACAAGAGGGCUAAAUUCUGGAGAGAGAAGCCGACACUGGUACUACAGUGUCCACAUCCUGGAAGUGUUCCAGCCAUCAUGAUCUAUAUCCAUUCACUGGGAUGAAGGGCGGUUUGGGAGUUGAAGCACCCAAACAGCCUUUAUUUACUGGCCGGGGCUCUGAGCACAUUUAAGGGGUUGGUAGCCAUGAUGCUAGAGAAUCAAGUAUGAGGGAGACAGAGAGGCCAUCACCUCGGUGAUGUUACCAAGGGAACCACGCUGGUUUGAGUCAGGAAGUGGUAGCAGAACCACGCGCCUAGGUGACAGGACUGUAUGAGGAUGUGCAGAUGGAGCCAUCGCAGCAUGACUGGCGGUGAAUUAGUCCUACAAUCUUGAAUUAGGAAAUAUUUGCGAGCUUAAGGGCACGAAACGUUUUGUAUUUGAGCGUAAUAAAGCAGAUGUUCAUUGUGGUAUGAUUGGAUGUUGUGAAGUUGAUGUUUGAAAGAGGGACUCUGUAUGUGACAGUUAGUUAUUUAGCGUACUCGAUGGGUUGUACACAGAGGGACUAGCUGUUGCAAUCUUUUGCCAUAUCAGUACAAUUCGAGUCUUGCACAGACCAAGUUAACCUGUUUCUAUGGGGAACCUGUUCAAUAACAUUGUCUGUGUCAAACAUAAGUCCUCCCUUUAAUUGAACUGCUGUGAUGCAAAGUCCUGGUUGUGAUUUUUCUGGUGGUGUUCAGCGUGAUAGAGGAGUAUGUUCAGUCACAGGUGCGCGUGGUGAGUGAAUUGGUUUAUGUUGGCUACACGUGAUUCUCAAUAUGUAUUGGGAUGCAUUGAUGGCAGCCAUUUACGCACAAUAUUGGAGAAAGCAUGUCUGAGGAUGCUCUCACCCAGUAGACAUGGGUCAAGUGACUACGUGUUUUUAUUGUCUUUUGAGUGAUGGGAUGGGCAUUGACCACGGUCUCAGAGUAGAGUUAGAAACGUUUGUUCACAAUCAGCAUUUCCUUGUCUGUCCUCAUCAGUUUUCCUGCUGUACAAUUCCAGUGGCACACCUGAGAAAUCAUUUUAAUCAGGUCACUUGUUCUCAUUCAGUGUUUAACGGCAGGUUUUGAUAUUUUAUGGGCAAAAGAAAUCCUAUGUUUUUGUUAUAUCUAUUGCUGCAGAUUUGCACAGUGCAUUUCUUUUUAAUUUAUGUGCAGCAACUGCUACAGUUUAAGGAAGGUAUGCUUCCUUUCAAGCAUGUACUAUGUACGUGUUCAAGUUGUAGAGCUGAUGUGCCUUGUAUCAGGUGUUGAUACUGGCAAAAUUGUACAAUUACAAUUCUCCAAACCCCCCUUUGUCUGCCCACUACUGGACACAGAGCCUGAGCUAGACAAGUAGCCAUACGAUUCUCAUUUAGUUUUCCCCAUCUUACCCUGCUGUUUUAAGAUUAACUCAAUCCUCACCAGUCGAUGGAAGACCCAUCUUUCCCAUGUGAUCCUAUGCCUUUUCACCAUAAAUUGAGAUUCAUUUUCAUUGACAAAAUCGGACAGAUCUUGCGAUCUGUUUAAACGUGUAUAUUCUGAUUCUAUACCGUUUGCAUUAUUAUUAUUUUUUCUUUCACACUGAUAUGGUGCUUCCUUGCUGCAGGCUACUGCCCAGCUUCAAGGGCUCCUGGUCCCACACUUGAUACAUGAUUGGUAGGGCAGGACAGACUGGGGGGAGCCCUCAGGUGAACCAUGUAAUUAAAAAGAAACCAAAAGCACAUGUUUACUGUAUCCUUUGCGAUGGGAAAUCGAGAGGUGUCUGCACUGGAUAGUCAAAAUGUGCUCUGAAGCUUUAUGGCACUGAAGAGGUUAACACAAACCUCACCAGCCUUAACGAUAACUUAACAAUACAAGCAAUUUCCCCGUCAAAUGGUACUUCUUGUCAGAGCUAGCUUCCCUGUUCCCUCAGCAGACCCAACCCAACCGUGACCUUGAUAUCCUCCUUGACUUCACCCUCCAGUUCAAAAUAAAAGUUUGUUACAAUGAGAGUUGCAUGUAUCUAUAUAUUUUGUGUGUACAGUUCAACAAUGCAGACUGAGUUCUGUAAACAUGUUUUGGAAGCUGUAAAAUAUUUAAAUAAAGAUUAUAGUAUUUAUUA